CCUCCCUACCUACCCCAAGGCGCAUCCUCGUGGAAUCCUGUCCACAAUGGCCUUCUCCUUCCUUCGUAUUCUUUCCUCCCUCCUCCUGGUCCUGCAACUGUCGACAGCAGCCUCGACCUCCACUCUUCGUCAAUGCCUUCUCACCGCGGUGCAGAAUGACCCGACCCUCGUCGCCGUUGAUGGCGACCUCCUUUAUCAGACGCUGGCCGUCCAGGUCUACAACCUGAACUGGCCCGUCACGCCGGCAGCCGUGGCCUUCCCCAAGUCCACUCAGCAAGUCGCCUCCAUCGUCAAUUGCGCUGCGUCGCUGGGCUACAAAGUCCAGGCCAAGAGCGGUGGCCACAGCUAUGGCAAUUACGGCCUGGGCGGCACCAAUGGCGCGAUCAGCAUCAACCUCAAGAACAUGAAAUCCUUCUCCAUGAACUACACCAAUUACCAAGCCACAGUAGGCGCCGGCAUGCUCAACGGCGAACUCGACGACUACCUCCACAACGCCGGUGGACGGGCCAUCGCGCACGGCACCUCCCCACAGAUCGGCGUCGGAGGACACGCAACAAUCGGGGGACUGGGCCCCGCGGCGCGUCAAUACGGCAUGGAACUCGACCACGUCCUGGAAGCCGAAGUCGUCCUCGCCAAUGGCACCGUCGUGCGCGCCUCCUCUACACAGAACUCAGACCUACUAUUCGCCAUAAAAGGCGCCGGCGCCAGCUUCGGCGUCGUCACCGAGUUCGUCUUCCGCACCGAACCCGAACCCGGCUCCGCAGUCCAAUACUCCUUCACCUUCGGACUUGGAAGCACCUCAUCGCGCGCCGACCUAUUCAAAAAAUGGCAGAGCUUCAUCUCCCAGCCAGACCUCACCCGUAAAUUCGCCAGCAUCUGCACCAUCCUCGACCACGUCCUGGUCAUCUCCGGCACCUUCUUCGGCACCAAAGCCGAAUACGACGCUCUCGGUCUGGAAGACCAAUUCCCCGGCCACACCAACUCCACCGUCAUCGUCUUCACCGACUGGUUAGGCCUCGUAGCCCAAUGGGCCGAGCAGUCCAUCCUCGACCUAACGGGCGGUAUUCCCGCGGACUUCUACUCCCGCUGUCUCUCCUUCACCGAGAAGACCCCCAUCCCGUCCACCGGCGUCGACCAACUCUUCGAGUACCUCGACAGCGCAGACACCGGGGCAUUACUCUGGUUCGUCAUCUUCGAUCUCGAAGGCGGUGCUAUUAACGACGUCCUCAUGGACGCAACGGGCUAUGCCCACCGCGACACGCUGUUCUGGCUGCAGUCGUACGCCAUCACGCUGGGAUCCGUGUCCCAGACGACGUAUGACUUCCUGGAUCGUGUCAACGAGAUCAUUCGUAAUAAUACCCCCGGUCUGGGUAAUGGGGUGUAUCCGGGCUAUGUGGAUCCUCGGCUUCAGAAUGCCCGCGAGGCGUACUGGGGGUCGAAUUUGCCGAAGUUGAUGCAGAUUAAGUCGUUGUAUGAUCCGUCGGAUUUGUUUCAUAACCCGCAGGGUGUGUUGCCUGCGUGAUUGUGAGUCCAAGAUUACUGGGUAUGGUUUCCGACUCGUAUAUAGGCUUUGAUUCUUGGAUAAUAAAUUCAG